GUAGGCUCCCGGGCUUCGAAAUCCAGCCCCGGAUAUUUUAUUUUGUAAACACUCUUACUUUUAUUGCGCUAAUUCCGGUCGUGCGUGCUCUCAGCGACGCUAAAUGACGUCACAAGCCAUCGCCACACUCAACGCUGAUUGGCCUGUUAACUUAAUUCCUAACGUGCUGCAAAGGAGGCUUGAAGCCGGUCGGACUUGACUGUUGUUGUCAACAUGGCUCUGACUGGCAUCGAACGGAUUCAGAAAUUGCUCUUCGACGCCUUCUUGGCCGUCUGCUUCAUUUUGUAUCGUUUCUUGUGUGCGCGGCCCACCGAGAACAAGAGGAAGCUCCCUCCGGUCAGCAACCCGCUCCUGGCCGUGUCAGCGACGCAACUCGCCGGGAGGAUCCGACGACGAGAGGUGUCCAGUGUGGAGGUGGUGCAGGCUUACAUUGACCGAAUCCAGCAAGUCAACCCACUGCUGAACGCAGUGGUCAAAGACAGGUUCUCUGCUGCGCUCCAGGAAGCAGCGCAGGUCGACAAGUUGAUUGAUGAGGAACCGGGAGGCGAGGAGGUGCUGGCCGAUCGGCUGCCUUUCCUCGGCGUGCCUCUCUCGGUCAAAGAGUCCUUCGGUCUCCAAGGCAUGCCCCACACCAGUGGCAUCGUGUCCAGGCGAGGAGUGUUGGCGGCGGCCGACGCGCCGCCCGUGGCCCUGCUCAAGAGGGCGGGCGCCAUCCCGCUGGGCGUCACCAACACCAGCGAGGGCUGCAUGUGGGCCGAGUCGCACAACCACCUGUACGGCAUCACCAGCAAUCCCUACGACCUGGAAAGGAUGCCGGGGGGGAGCUCGGGUGGCGAGGGCAGCUUGCUGGCGGCGGCCGGCGCCGUCAUUGGACUGGGCUCCGACAUCGGCGGCAGCAUCCGCAUGCCGUGCUUCUUCAAUGGAGUGUUUGGCCAUAAAACCACACCCGGCGUGGUGUCCAAUGAGAACCAGUACCCGCCGUACUCGGGCAGACACGAAGAGUACGCCAGCGCGGGGCCCAUGUGCCGCUACGCUGAGGACCUGCUGCCCAUGUUGAAAAUCAUGGCGGGGCCAAACGCGCCGAUGUUGUCCCUGGACGAGAAGGUGGAGCUCAAAAAGUUGCGUUUUUUUAACAUCCCUGACGACGGCGGUUCUCCCCUGGUGUCCCCAGUCAGCAAAGAACUCCGAGAAAUCCAGAAACGGGUGGUGGAGCGUCUCGAAGCGGACCUCGGCUUGUCGGUCCAAGAAGUGCGCUUCCCCGAGCUCCGCUACGGCUUCCGCAUCUGGGACGCCUACAUGUCUCUCCCGGACAAGGAGGGCAAGCCUCCGGUCCCGAUAACUGAGCAGUUUGGGGAGCCGGGCCGGCCCAUGUGGCCCAUGUGGGAGGCGCUGAAAAGUCUUCUGGGAAAAUCCGACCAUACCGUCGCUGCCAUUGGCGUGUCCGUUUUGGAGAACACGUCAUGGUCCAGACCAUCCGCCUUCCUUGUCGGGUUGAAGGAGAAGCUGCAGAAGGACGUGGAGGAGCUGCUGGGGACCGACGGCGUGCUUCUUUACCCGUCGCAUCCCAGGGUGGCACCGAAGCACCACCACGCGCUUUUUCGACCCUUUGACUUUGCCUACACGGGUAUCAUCAAUAUCCUGGGUCUGCCGGUCACCCAGUGCCCUUUGGGGCUGAACGGGGAGGGUCUUCCCAUGGGCGUGCAGGUGGUGAGCGGGAAGCUGCAGGAUCGGCUGCCUCUGGCCGUGGCCCGCUACCUGGAAAAUGCCUUCGGAGGCUGGAGGGAGCCUCCAGCUGACAUCCACAGGAUGAAAAUGGUGUAGCCGUUAGUCCGUUUGUGGGGGAUAGUUGCAAAAGGCAAAAAAUCCUAAACCUGACUCCCCCUCAAUUUUUAAAAAAACGUUUUCUUUGUCCGUGAUUUUUACAGAUGUUCAUGCCAAUUGAUGGAGGUGACACUGAAUGUUCCUCGUAGAAGGCUACUAAUGAUUUUACAUCGAGCAUAUACGUAUCGUGAAUUGCGACUGAGUCAAGGGUCAAUAUUUACAAAUACAAGUUUUUUUUUCUUUCUUCUUCAGAUGGGGCUAAUAGGGCAGUGGUUUAAAAAAAAAAACAUUGGUGACAUUGUACCUCUGGGACAGUGAGAGAUGUUUGUACUUUGGGGAGGAGCAAAGUUUAGCCUGGGUUGUUAGCGGAAGUUACGGAGAGUUUGCUGCGUGGGCAUGUUGAUCCUCUGCGGGUGAAAUUAACAGAUGCCAUUUAUUUGUAAGGGGAAUGUAAAAUGAGAAGAUCAAGUGCUUGGUAAUCAUAGCUACCUUUUAUAUGUGCAGUCUUACAUUUUUUUUUUAAGGGGGGUUCAUUUUUCACUAUUUGCGAAAGUACUCCGAUAGCAUGGUCAUUUGCUCUAAUCACAACACUUGGGCCGAUUCAAUGAUUUCUAAUAUUUAAGGACAUUUGUGCCGAUUGGUGGGAGGUGGGACUUAAGUGGAGCGAUGCUGAAUGUUCCUCGUCUAAGAUGAUUUCCAAAUGUACGCAGGCGGCGACUUCAUUUGACACCAAAACACGACACCGGUAGUACUUCCUGAAACGAUCCAAUUUCAAUGCACUCACUGUGUGUGCGCGCGCGCGCGCGCCAUUAUUUGUCGUCUUAUUGACUUAUUGUAUGUACACGUUCAUGGCUUACAGAUAUUUUGGGUUAAUCAUUUUGGGGCCAAUGGAUUGAAAUUGGCUGCGCCGCGGCACAACAUCACAGCCUUAGGAAUCCAUUUUGCAACGUCGGUUCCGUGAGUGUAAAUCAACUGCCGUGCUUUUGCGCUCCAAAUAAAAAGACUCGUCAACAAAAAGUCUGAA